GUAACGCCUUGUCCGCUUCCGGUUAAUGGGGACACGUCACUGAUUUGACUGAGGAAGAGGACCCUGUGCACAACUCCGUUUACCAAUUUCUGUCCAAAUUAGACGACAGAAUCAUGUCGAAUUCAGUCAUAUCUGUUGUUUCUCGGUUCCUGGAGGAGUACAGCACCACCACGCCGAACAAGCUGAAGGUGGUGGAUUCAUACCUGCUGUACAUCCUGUUGACAGGAGCGCUGCAGUUCCUCUACUGUCUGCUCGUCGGCACUUUCCCAUUCAACAGCUUUCUGUCGGGCUUCAUCUCAUGUGUGGGCGCUUUCAUCCUCGCAGUGUGUCUUCGGAUCCAGAUCAACCCACAGAACAAAGGAGAGUUCCUCUCUAUCUCUCCAGAGAGAGCCUUCGCUGACUUUCUAUUCGCUCACACUGUCCUCCAUCUGGUCGUGAUGAACUUCAUCGGUUGAAGCGGGCGUGCAUCUGACGCACUGCAUUCCCCUCUCAGAAG